GUUAGCCGAGUAAAGAGCUCAGUUUUGCAGAUCGUCUCUGCCAAACUGACGGCGAAGGACUAAAAUGAAGUGGUACGUCGUCGCUUCUCUCCUCACCGUUCUCACCAGCUCUCAGGGGAUUUUAACAACAUUGUCUCAGAGUAAUGGGAAAUACAAAUAUGACUAUGCAACUGUCCCUUUUCUUGCUGAAGUUUUCAAGCUUCUCGUGUCUAGUUUUCUUCUAUGGAGAGAGUGCCAAGGAGUGCCUCCUCCAAAAAUGACUACAGAAUGGAGAAGUGUUCGUUUGUAUCCAAUUCCGUCAAUCAUCUACCUAAUCCAUAACAAUGUACAGUUUGCAACAUUGACUUAUGUUGACACGUCCACGUAUCAAAUUAUGGGCAACUUAAAGAUUGUUACAACGGGAAUUUUGUUCAGGCUGUUUUUGAAGAAGAAGCUGUCUAAUUUGCAGUGGAUGGCAAUUGUGUUAUUGGCUGUUGGAACAACCACAAGCCAGGUGAAAGGAUGCGGAGAGGCUUCCUGUGACUCGCUCUUUUCCUUUCCAAUUCAGGGUUACAUGUUGGGCAUAUUAUCUGCUUGUCUUUCAGCUUUGGCUGGUGUUUACACAGAAUUCUUGAUGAAGAAGAACAAUGACAGCUUAUACUGGCAAAACGUCCAGUUAUAUACGUUUGGCGCGAUAUUCAACAUGGCACGUCUUGUUUUGGACGAUUUUAGAGGUGGCUUUGAGAAAGGACCAUGGUGGCAACGGCUUUUGAAUGGAUAUAGUAUCACAACAUGGUUGGUGGUGUUAAAUUUGGGGUCCACUGGGCUUUUAGUAUCAUGGUUGAUGAAGUAUGCGGACAAUAUUGUAAAGGUAUACUCCACUUCAAUGGCAAUGCUACUAACAAUGGUACUAUCUAUCUUUCUCUUCACUUUUAAGCCAACGCUACAGCUGUUUUUAGGUAUUAUCAUCUGUAUGCUGUCACUGCACAUGUAUUUUGCUCCUGCAAGCAUGCUUGUGGAUUUGCCUUUGACAGCAAAAGCAACUCCUGAAAACUUAGUUGAAGUCUCUGUAGAUCGAAGAACAGAUUCCUGAUGUAUUAUGUGCUUCGAGGCAACAUUUUUUUGGUAUGUUUAGCUUUUAGUAAAAUGCAUUGGAAAGCUGUUUUCACUUGUUCCAAGCUGUAGAUGUGCUAACACUGUGUGAAGUAUAGGACCAACACAGGAAAGUAUCAGAAAUGAGGUUAGAAAACUAUUUCUAGUUGUAUGGAAUUUGGAAUUUUGUUGGCAGAAAAGUUUUAAUUUCUUUUCCAAAUUUA